AUGGCAAACAACAGUGAGAACGAGUCUGAUAAUGAUGAUGUCCAUGGACAAUUGGUCGAACAAGGUUCGGGAUUGGUUGAAGAAGUAAGAGUGUUGAAGCAACAACUUGCAGAGAUGUACCAAGCCUGGGUGAAUGGACAGGCACCGCCCUCACUACCCAUAGGGCCUUCGGAUAAUCUUCAUAAUAUGCCAGUUGCAAAUCAAGUGCCCAUGUCCAUAACAAGCAACCCAUUGUACCAAUCUGGUUUCAGUCCAAGCAAUAAUCUUCCCGCGAUACCCAGUACCUCCAUUCCACGUCCUCUAGCUGCACCCUUCAGAAAUGAUCCACCUACUGUACCCAUUGUCCCUACUUUCACUGUUUCUCAACCGGCUCUUGCUCAAAAGCUCAACAAUGAUCCACAACUCAAUGAUCACGAUGCCCAACAUUACUCUCCAGAGCUGGCUUUCAAGGUUCCAAAUUCAUACAAGCAUACUCCUCAAAAUUUGUUCCCAAUCGAGAUCGAAAAGCCCGACAAGAAUACGGAACAAGAGGAAAUGACUAGAAAAAUAAAGAGCUUGGAACAAACCAUGAGAAACAUACAGGGCUUGGGAGACCACAAGAGUGUUUCGUUCAAUGAUUUAUGCAUGUUCCCCCAUGUUCAUUUGCCACCCGAUUUCAAGACCCCCAAGUUUGACAAGUAUGAUGGUCACGGUGAUCCUGUGGCCCAUUUGAAGAGGUAUUGUAACCAAUUGAGGGGAGCAGGAGGCAAAAAAGAAUUACUGAUGGCUUAUUUUGGAGAAAGUUUGACAGGAAUUGUUUUAGAGUGGUUCAUUGAUCAAGACGUCUCUCACUGGCACGUUUGGAACGACAUGGCUCAAGAUUUUUUCCAACAAUUUCAGUACAAUAUUGAUAUAGUGCCAGACCGCUCCUCUCUUGUCAACAUAAAGAAGAAACCAACAGAGAGCUUCAGAGAAUAUGCGAUCAAGUGGAGAGAGCAGACUGCUAGGGUCAAACCACCAAUGAAAGAGGCAGAAAUGAUUGACUACUUUCUCCAAGCUCGGGAUCCUAAGUACCUCCAUUACAUGUUGGCCGCCAUUGGUAAACCCUUCGCUGAGGCGAUUAAGAUUGGUGAAAUAGUUGAGAAUGGCAUGAAGUCGGGCAAAAUUGUGAGUCGGGCAGCCCUUAAGGAAACCACACAAGCAAUUCAAGACGGGUCAGGCAGUUUCGGAAAUCGAAAAAAGAAGAAGGAAGGAUCCAUGAUGGCAUCUGGAUUCGGGGGAGUUCAAAGAGAAAUAGUUUCUUCUUAUGUGCAAUUCCAACAAGGACAAUCCGAUUCUCCUCAACAUUAUUAUCCGCCUCAGGGUCCCCAGCCUCCCAAUCGCCAACAAUGGCGGGCACCGAUUCCACAAGGCUCCCGUCAACUCCGGCCAAAUUUUCAGGCGCCAUAUAAUCCUCAUCCCAGACAGGAAUAUGUGAGAAAACAGGAGCCAAAGAAAGAGUUCACCCCAAUUGGAGAAUCGUAUACAAGCCUAUUUCGAAAGUUGAUGCAGUUGAAGUUGAUUGAACCUAUCAUGCCGCGUUAUGUGAAUCAAAAUUCAAAAGGUUUUGACUCAAAUGCAAGAUCAAAGGCAAUUGUGGUGACAAACAAUGAAGAUACUCCUAAUAUCACAAACAAUCCGCUCCCAGCUUAUGAUAACACACAUUUUAUUGGGAUGAUUUGUGAUGAUCGGGAUUAUAAGCAGUCUGGCAAGACAGAGAUAGUUGUUGGAACCAUAGGGAAAGAGCCAAAAGUGAUAGUUCUGAAAAAUACGGUUCUCUAUGUCCCUGGAAGCACAAAAAAGGUUGAGGUUCAAUUGGGCGGGCCAAAACUUUACAUCCCUGGGGGAAUUCAAAAGAUUGUUCCAAAUAAUGGUUUGAGAAAUAUAACAGAGCCAGUUGUGAUCCGACCUGUUGCACAACUCCCAGUGUCAAACACAAAAGCUAUUCCUUGGAAUUAUAACAAGACUGUCAUGACGUACAAAGGAAAAGAAAUAGUGGAAGAAACAGAUGAAAUGGGGGGCUUGACCCGCUCUGGAAGGUGCUACUCACCAGAGGAAUUAAGAAAAGCUAAGCAAGCCAGGGAAAGUCACUUUCCAGUGAAAGAGCCCGUUUCAAAAAAAGAAGGAAUUCCUUAA